AUGAAGAUCAUCUCGCUCGCCUCCUUCGGAAUUGCCCUCUUCACUGCUCUGGCAGCAGCAACACCCGUCGAGCCCAACACUGUAGAAGCCCGAGCUGAACAGGGUGUCUUGAUCAAAUACGACGGAAAAUGCUCCAAGAAAGAUAAUUCCUGCAAAUUCAAGGGACAAGGUGGUAAAACGACUUUCUGCCACUGCAAGUUUAAGAAGGUAUUUCUUCCUCCUUCGGAUAUAGUGGAUGUAUGGCUUAUGAAGAUAUAG